AUGGGGGUGGGUACGAGCACAGAACCAUCGACACACAAAGCAGCACAGAGCAGGGGGACACACAGGCGUGCACACGCACAGAUACACAUACAGCCACCGAAUGCCAAUAUGAGGCAGGAACCGGUGGAGCACAGCGCCAACGUGGACCGCAAUAUACAGACGAUCAUCGACCGGACUGCCGCAGACGGUGGUGCGAUGACGAAGAACUGUGGGUGUGCAUGCGAGAGGUCUGAAGGUCAGAGUAGGGUCAAUGGGACUGGGCACGGGCGUAUGGAGGACGGUGUCAGCCUGGAGACGGACAAUGGAGAUAGGGGGCCGGAGGUGCGCAGGAGGCUGUUGAGCGGUAGGACGUACACGGAUGUGAUCUACGAGCAGAUACACACCAGCAUGCAGCCCUUUACAAUACUGCUGCUGAAGGUGGUUCUCGCAGCCACCGCAAGUUAUUCGAAGCUUCCUGGUUCGAUCAAAAUCCUGAAUGAAUUUUUGGAGCACCGAAAAUUAGGAUUUGGCCACAAUCUGCCCGCGGAGGCACUUGAUGCACUGCACCAGUCCGAAGAGGUGGUUCAAUUCAAGGAAGAU